AUGUUUACUAAUCGCUUUUUGUGUGUUCAACGCUUAAAAGCAUCCAUGAUUGUUUGGCGUCACAAUCUAAUAAGCCCUGUGACUCAAAUUUCAACAUCUAAUUCUCAAGAACUUUACAAUUGGAAUCUAGCAAUGACACACUCGAAUAAACGGAAAACACCAAAAAAUACACUAGCAUUAUUCGAUAAGCUUAUUACUCAACAUCCACAUAUAAUACCUGAUUUUAUUACGUACCUUCUUGCUUUGGGUGCUUGCGUACGUUUAGGUAAUUUGGAUGAAGGAAAACGUAUUCAUGAAUAUAUUCGACAGAGAUGGUCAACAACAAUUGAAAAAAGUAAAGAAAUAAAAAUACAUACAUGUCUGAUACAACUUUAUGCUACCUGUGGUGAUAUAAAAACAGCUGAAGACAUUUUCUAUAAAGAAAAUUUAAAUCAACAAGCUAUUCCAGUAAAUACUUUAAUGAGAGGUUAUAUAAAAAAUAAUCGAGCAGAUUUAGCUGUGCAACUUUCUGAACAUUUACCAAAGAAUCAACGAAAUAUUGUUACUUUUCUAUUAUGGGCCAAUGCUAUAGCACAAAUAGGUGAUAUUCAAAUGACAGAUAGAAUUCAUGGUGAAUUAAAUACGUUAUCAUCUUCAGUUCAAGCCUUUUUUUCUCAGGAUUCUAGACUGAUGAAUGCCCUAAUUGAUAUGGAUGGAAAAUGUGGCAAUAUUGUUCGAAUGGAAAAUACAUUUAAAAAUAUACAAAAACCCGAUAUCAUUUCAUAUACAACGAUGGCUAAAUCGUAUAUUGUUAAUAAUUUACCAGUUAAAGCUCUCGCUGUUUAUGAUCAUUUGAAACAGACAAAUCAAGUUGAAUGUGAUGAAGUUAUUUAUCUAGUUGCAUCAAAUGCAGCUGGUAAAUUAGGUAUAUUAUCUCGCGCUCGUUCAAUUCAUAAUGAUAUAAUCGCGAGUGGAAUACCAUAUGAAAAAAAUGAAAAAAUUCUCAAUACACUCAUGGAUACGUAUGGAAAAUGUGGCGAUCUAAAUUCAGCUAGAGAAAUUUUUAAUAAAUUAAAAAUCAAAAGUAAACCAAGUAUUUCAUCGAUGAUUAAUAUAUACGGAAUAAAUUCUCAAGCAUUAGAAGCAGUGGCUUUAUUUUAUGAAACAAAAAAUAAUUUAUUAGGAAAUAUAGAAUCAAUAUUACUUAGUGUUUUGACUGCCUGUGCUCAUGGUGGUCUAAUAAAAGAAGCUCAAAAUAUAUUUGAUAAUAUUCCGAACGAAAAACGAACUAUCAAAAUGUGGAAUGCGCUUGUUGAUGUUUAUGGUCGUGCUGGUCAAUUAUCUGAAGCUCAUUCAAUCAUUCGUCUAUUCGAAAUAACUCAUAUUCGUUCACCGGUAUUAUAUAUUUCUCUGCUAGCUGCAUGUCGUACACACAAAAAUGCUAAAUUAGCUCUUGAAAUUCAUGAUGAAUUGAUAGAAUCAAAUAUAACAUUAACCGAUGAUCAACGUUCAGCUAUUGUUGUUUUAACAGCAAAUGUGUAUGCAUCUAUUGGUGAUCAUAAUCUUUCAUUUCGUCUUCGGCAAAAUUUAUAUCUUAAUAAAAUACCAAAAUAUUCAGGUGUAACAUUGACAGAAAUCAAUGGUGAAAUGUUUGAAUUUUAUGCUCAAGAUAUUCGACAUUCACGAUCAAAAGAAAUUUAUGAACAAUUAGAAAUUCUACAUGAUCAACUAAUUAAAUUAGGCUAUCAACCUAAUGAAAGUGUUUUAACAAAGCAUGAAGUAAACGCUGAAUGGAGUAUUUAUGCACAUUCAGAGAGAUUAGCUAUUGCAUUUAAUUUAAUUUCCACACCACCUGGUACAGCAAUACAAUUAACGAAAAAUUUACGCAUGUGUAUUGAUUGUCAUGAAGUAUCGAAACUUAUUGCUCGAUUAACACAACGAGAAAUUAUUGCUAGAGAUAGACUAAGAAUACAUUAUUUCACUAAAGAUGGUCGUUGCUCAUGUGAUGAUCAAUUUUGA